AUAUUUUUUUACGCAACCGUCAUUAAAGUCCAAAAUCAAUGUACAUUAGAAGAAAUACAGCAGUUAAAUACUGCUUGGUGAUCGCGUUAGGGGCAAUUUUGUACGCUGAAGUGAUCGUGUACUAUAUCCAAGCAUUCCAAUGGCAGAAUUUAGAAUGCCAAGUAGGAGACAAAACUUGUACGAAGAUACUUUUCAUCGCCGAUCCGCAGAUACAGGGUGAAUUAGCGGAGCGUCCGCCCUUGAGCUACCUUUUUAACUGGGACAGUGACAGAUUUGUACAGAUGACAUUUUCGAGAGCUGUCCGUCACUUUGAACCAGAAGUUUUGGUGUAUCUUGGAGACCUGAUGGAUGAAGGAUCCAUAGCUGACACGGAUCAAUAUUCGCGCUAUACCAAGAGGCUAUCCCAUAUAUUUGACAAUAUACCUUAUCCUGUACAUCAAAUCUGGGUACCAGGAGACAAUGACAUUGGUGGAGAGAAUGAGCCCAUUAAGUGGGAUAAGGUGGGAUUGUUUUACAGGGUGUUUGCUCAGCCACCUAUAGUGGCAGUUAAAGAUAUAUCAUUCUACAGGAUAAACGCCAUCACGCAUGAGUACCCCAAACUGCCCGAGAACGAGACAGACGAUAAUUUCAAGAUAGCUGUCUCACACUAUCCGCUGCUGAUACGACAUGCCUUUCUCGCAGAGGUAAAUAAACACAUCACCGACCUGGACAUAUACUUCUGCGCGCACGACCACGAAUCUAAAUACACGACGCAAACGCAGAGAUUCGAACAAAACAAUAUACAUCAGUUCUACGGCAACGAAAUACUGGACAUAGCGUUUGGGGCGGAUGUGUAUGAGAUAUAUGUCCCGACCUGCUCGUAUAGAAUGGGGACUAACAAGAUUGGAUAUGGUGCGGCGGUUUUAGACUAUAACAACACGCGCCUGCGCUACACCGUGUUCUGGUCGCCGCAGCGAUUUCUCUACCUCUUCGGCUACCUUGUUCUCCUAGUACCCGGUAUAGCUUACGCGGCCGCUUGCAUAGUCAAACUGUUCUGCCAGUGGUAUUGUAGGAGUACAAUUUUACCCAUGUAUAGCAAACUUUAGCGGUGACAUACAUU